CUGCGGCUGGAGGACCAAUGGCGGUGGCUCCGACGUUGAGUCCGAGCCAUGGCAACGGCCACAGGAAUACCAACAGAUGAAGAACAGGCCACUGGACUGGAGCGGCGCGCCCUGCAGGCCCUGAAACGCGGAAAGGAUCCUUACAGUAUGCUGAAGCCCAAAGAGUAUGCCGGCACCAAGGAGGAGCCUCACAUUGUGCCGUGCAUUGGAACCAAGAGGCUGGUGGGCUGUCUUUGUGAGGAAGACAACACUGCUAUUGUGUGGUUCUGGCUCCAUGAGGGAGAUGCCCAGCGCUGUCCUUCCUGUGGUUCCCACUAUAAGCUGGUCCACCAUGAGCUGCCCCACUGAAACAAAACUUAACACAAGCUCCGGACAUCCAUAAACUCCAAUGUGUACAUUAUCAUUUAACAUGUACAGUUUAUCAUUAAAAUAUAAACCUGAACUGUC